GGGCCCCUGGGGGGCGGGGGCGGGCCGGGAGCGGAGCCAGGGGCCAUGGCAGCGCCCGCGGACCCAAGGCGGCUGUGCCGGCUGGUGCAGGAAGGCCGGCUGUGUGCCCUGCGGGAGGAGCUGCGGGCUGCGGGGCGCGCCGGCUGCGCGGGGCCGGCCAGGGACACCCUCUUGCAUUGCGCCGCGCGCCACGGCCGCCGGGAAAUCCUGGCCUAUCUGGUCGAGGCCUGGGACCUGGACAUCGAGGCCGCCAACCGAGACUACAAGCGGCCUCUGCACGAGGCUGCCUCCAUGGGCCACCGGGACUGCGUGCGGUACCUGCUGGGCCGAGGGGCCGCGGUCGACUGCCUGAAGAAGGCCGACUGGACUCCUCUGAUGAUGGCUUGCACAAGGAGGAAUCUUGAGGUGGUCCAGGACCUCGUGGAGCACGGCGCCAAUCCACUCCUGAAGAACAAAGACGGCUGGAACAGUUUCCACAUUGCCAGCCGAGAAGGCGACCCUCUGAUCCUCCAGUACCUGCUCGCUGUUUGCCCAGCUGCCUGGAAGACAGACAGCAAGAUCGGGAGAACCCCGCUGCACACAGCAGCAAUGCAUGGCUGUUCAGAGGCAGUAGAGAUGCUUCUUCAGAGGUGCCAGUAUGAACCGGACUGCAGAGACAAGUGUGGCCUCACACCCUUCAUGGACGCCAUUCAGUGUGGACACAUCGACGUAGCCAGGCUGCUCCUUGAAAAACACAAGGCUUGCGUUUCUGCUGAGGACUCCCUGGGGGCCCAGGCCAUCCACCGGGCAGCAGUCACUGGGCAGGAUGAGGCCAUCCAAUUCCUGGUCUCUGAGCUUGGCAUCAACGUAGAUGUGCGAGCAGCCUCCACCCACCUCACAGCACUUCACUACGCAGCUAAGGAAGGACACGUAAGCACAAUCCAGACACUCUUAUCCUUGGGUGCCGACAUCAACGCCAAGGACGAAAGAAAUCGAUCAGCUGCAGUUACCAUUUCCUGUUGCUCCAGAGAUGUCUUCGUGUCCCUGCCUUUGCGUCUGAGGAUGGCCUGUUACGUGCAUCCCUACUUGCAGGUGGGACAGAAAGACCGGUCUGGGGCUGCCCUUCUCCCCUCAACACACAUGUGAAGCAGCUUUUUCUUUGCAGUGACUGCACACAGGUGUGUUCCCACCCGAGCUGUGCCUCUGCCUUACACACUCGCCGUGAUGAUGGUCCGUCGGGUUAUGCUUGGUUCUCCAGUACACGGCUCUCCAUUGAAAACACCCUUGUAGCUUGGACAGGGCUGCUGGAUGCUGCUGCCAAAGCUACUCGAGAGCCAGAGAGGGCAGUGAUGAUAGUAACAUUCACUGUGGCAAACACAGUGGUGAUGAUAUAAUUACAACCUAUUACCGCAGUAGUAAUAUAUUGAGAAUGCUAAUGACAAUGGUGGUGAUCAUUAGUAUUAUUCCCUCACUUCCUAAUUAUAGGUACUUUUCUCACUUCCUUUGGGUCUUUACUUAAAAGUGGGGCCCUUCCUUGGCCACCAGAUCUAGAAUUUCGUUCCCUCCUUCAACAUUUUAUAUCUUCUUCCCUUAGUUCAUGUUUUCUCCAUAGCAUUUACCACUGUGGAAUAUACCAUCUGUCUUGAGUUAUUUAUUUUCUCUGUUGUCUGUCUCCCCCACGAGAAUGUAAGCUCCUUGGCCAGGGUUUUUGUGUGUCUUGCUCACUCACUAUAUCUACAGGGCCCAGAACAAUGCCUGGCACAUGGUAAGGGUGUAGAUCAUGAGAUAGCCAACGAGUGAACGAUAACUUCUGUUUCUUGAGCACUUACUGUGUCCGGGAUGCUGUGCUGAGUGCCUUUCCUGGCCAGUCUCGUUCCAUCCCUGGCUCUUACGAGGGGCAGCCCCUCCUGAUUAUCCUCCAUCUCAAGCAUCCUUUCUCAUCCCGACCUCCUUAGAGAAGAGCCUGUGCUUGGUUCCCGGUUCGUGGGCACUGCCGGCCCCUGCCGCCCGGCUUCCUCACUGCUGCUCCUAGGUCACCGGGACCCAGUUGCCAAAUCAAGUGACGUGCCUUUAGCCCUCAUGUUUCUGAUCCUUUCAGUUCAAUUAUCAAUCAAUCACUCCCACCUUCCGGAAGCUCGUUUCUUGUCACCUCUGACAACACGCUUCUGGGUUUUCCUUUCUGAGCUUCCUUUUCCGUCUCUGUCAUGAGCGUCUCUGUCAGGGCCUAUCCCAUACACGCUUCUGUCCCCACUCAGCACUGUCCCUGUGCCGAGUGUGCCUCCACCCGCCUCAUCCACUCUCAUCUCACUGCCCCCUGACCGCUGAGCCCCUCCAGCCCUGACCCUCUGCUUCCAGCUGUACGUUUUUGCAUGGAUGUCCCAAGGCUGCCCCACACUCAACUCGCUCAAAACC